GAGGGAGUGAGCGGUCAUCAUGGCCACUUCAGAGCGGAGCUGCCAGGUGACCGAGCAGAACUGUGAGCGCCGAGAGGCCUUCUGGGCUGAGUGGAAGGAUCUGACACUGUCCACACGGCCCGAGGAGGGUUGCUCCCUGCAUGAGGAGGAUGCCCAGCGGCGGGAGACCUACCACCGGCAGGGGCGGUGCCAGGCGCUGGUGCAGCGUUCCCCCUGGCUGGUGAUGCGGAUGGGCAUCCUGGGCCGCGGGCUGCAGGAGUACCAGCUGCCCUACCAGCGGAUGCUGCCGCUGCCCAUCUUCACCCCUGCCAAGGUGGGCGCCACCAAGGAGGAGCACGAGGACACCCCCAUCCAGCUGCGGGAGCUGCUGGCACUGGAAGCAGCCCUGGGUGGCCAGUGUGUGGACCGCCAGGACGUGGCCGAGAUCACCAAGCAGCUGCCCCCUGUGGUGCCUGUCAGCAAGCCCGGCGCCCUGUGUCGCACCCUGUCUCGCUCCACGUCCCAGGAGGCACAGAGAGGCUGAGAGGGACGGUGACUUGGGCUCCACAGUGCCUGCCCUGGGCUGGGCCCUUCCUGGCUAGGACCACGGAGGGGAGCUGCUGGCCAUGGAAGCUUUGUAGUUUGCCCAGAGUUGGGGGCUAGGGGAGGUGGGAGCCAGAGGCCAGGAUGCCUGGGUCUCCUGAGUUCCCACAGGGAGGGAGCAAAGACGGUGGGCACUAAGGGCGGAGUGCUGGGGGCCAGCACAGCCGAGUACCCCCAGGAGGAAAGGCAGAAAAUGCUGGUGAGGGUAAGAGGUCCCUGAGAGGAGUGACCCCAGUCCAGAUUUCAGCUUCAGAGAAGGAUGAAGAAAAAGCAUAAGGGGAUCUGGAAUGCUCAGGGAAGGAGGCCUGGAGAAGACCGGAGGGAGGGGACGCGAAGAGGGCCGAGGCAGGGUGGAGCCCCCAGCACCCUCUGGUAGCGCUGCAAUAAAUGCUCAGUCACAUGCCAGA